UUAGAAGAGUGUUUAUAGUGUGUGGAGCUAUAAGACUCAGCCGGAUUUCAAACUGGACUGAUUCCCGACUCUAGCCAGAGAAACCAAGCACUGACUGACGUUUCACCUGAUAAUCAUGGAUGUCUCAGGGGAGGACUACUUUUACCAUGAAAACAUCAGCUUCAACUUCAGCUAUGAGGACUACCCCGCCCUCUGUGAGAAAGGUGACGUCCGUUCCUUCGCAGCCGGCUUCCUCCCUAUCAUGUAUUCUGUGUGUCUGGUGGUGGGACUGGCAGGAAACGCCUUAGUCGUGGCUGUGUACGCCUACCACAAACGCCUCAAGACCAUGACGGACACCUUCCUGACCCACCUGGCUGUGGCCGACCUGCUCCUGCUCUUCACGCUGCCUUUCUGGGCUGCCGAUGCGGCGAAGGGCUGGCAGCUGGGUGAGUUCGUCUGUAAGAUUGUGUCAGCCUGCUACACAGUCAACUUCACCUGCUGCAUGCUGCUGCUGGCCUGCAUCAGCCUUGAUCGUUACUUAGCAUUAGCCAGGGCCCAAGGUAGAGACCAGACAGGGUGGCUGCAGAGGAUAUUCACCAGGAGACACUGUUGGAAGAUGUGUUUAGUUGUUUGGGCGACAGCGGUUAUCCUCGGUCUUCCUGAUUUGAUACUCUCAGAGGUGAGAUGGGCGUCUAACAGGAGCGUCUGUCUGGCUAUCUACCCUCCAUCAAUGGCUGGAGGGGGGAAAGCUGUGCUGGAGAUGACAGAGGUGCUGCUGGGAUUCCUGCUUCCUCUCCUGGUUAUGGUGAUCUGUUACUGGAGUGUGGGUCGCGCACUGAGGGGCCUCCCUGUUGAGAGCAGAGGCAAGAAGUGGAAAGCUCUACGAGUUCUCCUGAUAGUAGUGGGGGUGUUUGUGGUCACUCAACUGCCUUAUAACGUACUGAAGGUCUAUCGAGCGAUGGACUCGGUCUACGUCUUAGUGACCCACUGUGGGACGAGUAAAGUGUUGGAUCAGGCGGCUCAGGUGACUGAGAGCUUGGCCCUCACUCACUGCUGCCUCAACCCCAUCCUCUAUGCUUUCAUGGGGUCCUCCUUCAGGCAGCACAUGAUGAAAGUGGCCAAGAAGUUUGGCGAGAAGAGAAGACAGAGGAGGGAAAAUCCUGCAGAGGAGGAAGGGGUGGACAUGUCAUUUAACUCCCACAACGUAUCCCAAGACACAAACACAUUCUCAGUGUGAACCAGCGCCAGUGCGUCAUACUAACAAACUGUACGAAACUUAUUUAGUAGUAUUUAGUAGAAGAGCUGAUAAAAGUACUAUGGGAUGUCUGUUUUUGAGAACACAGCAGCUGUAGGAGCGUGUGUGGAAAUCAUUAAGUUGAAUUUCACAGAUGUUUUAACACUAAAUUCCCUGCACACCAAAAACAGGAGGUUAUUAUAGUAGUAUUUCCCCUCCUCCAGUUAAUUAAAAAACUUGUUUAAUCAAAAUAUACUCUUUCAUAUGUCUCUGCAUAUACUGUCAAUCAAAAACAAAAAACAGUGUUUUAUCAGGUUUUAUACCCUGGUCUCGAAGAAGUAAUAUUUCAUUGUAACAGUAGAGUAUAGUAGACAUGACAGUAAACCCUUUGAACUUGAAAUGAAACAACACUAAGAGUGUAGAGCCGUGCCAGCAGCUCUGGGAGACAGCUGCUGUGCUUUGAGCUAAAUGCUAAUGCUCACAGUGUAUGAUGUUUACGGUGUUUACCACCAUCUUAGGUUUGUGUGUGAGCAUGGUAGCAUUUAUUAAUUAGCACUAAACACAAAGUAGAGCAGAGGCUGAUGGGAAUGUUGUUUUGCAGUUUAUAAGUAGACCGACCGACUGUAACUCAUCCUGUGGGAGACAUGAAUGUGACUCACAGCAGCCAUUUUGACAUGAAAUAAGGUAAACACAGGUGUUACCAGGGUUACUAAUCAGGGUUUCAUUACAUUUAGUGUAGCAGGGUCUUUCCAGUGAGCCAACCACAUCAAAAACACCCUUCGCAAGACAGCUCACAAGCUUAAAUGUUGUUUACAUAUGAGGGAACCGAUAUUUCUCCGGAAUUUCACAGGAAACAUUCAACACCAGCUGCCCACACGGUACAAAGUACAGAUAAGAUUAAUGUUUGAACUUGAUACUCCUCAUUAUACAUGAUACAGUGAAAUAGAAGUGAAACUAUGAAAGAGCUGAAAUGUCUGGAGAACAACGAACUGCUUGUUUAAAAUAAUGCUUGCUUAAAGUGUACUGUACUCAACUUAAGUAAAUACUAAUUACUUAAGAUGUGUAGGAAUUUGUAGUUCAUCUGCUAUAAACCAGGUGCACGACACAUGCCCGCACUGCUCUUUUAAUAUUGUUUUAGUCGAACUAUGUACUUUCUGAUCAUGUAUUUUAUUACUUUAUUGCUCAAAAUACCCCUUUAUUUCUUGAAAAUAAAAAGAUAACACAUA